AUGGCUGCAGCUGUGUUUACCUGUAGUAUAAUCCUAGUGUUUAUCUCUUCAGUGAAGGCAGAGGAAUGCAUGGUACAUGAUGUGCUGCAUAGUCAAAGUUUGGUAUCUGUACUGGUAGGAGAACCUCUUACUAUUGAUUGUUUGUUAGAUAAAACACUGGCUCUUCAGCACAUGAAUUACAGCUUGACUUGGUAUAAAAGUGGGAGAAAAAUGCCUGUAACUCAAGUGAAACUUUCCAGAAUACAUCAGCACGAGAACUUGCUUUGGUUUAUGCCUGCAAUUUUAGAAGACUCAGGAUCCUAUGAAUGUGUCAUGUGGAAUUUAACAAGCUGCAAGAAAAUAUAUUUCAGUGUAAUCGUUUUCAAAAAUACUGCUGGUUUGUGUUUUAAUGGGGAUUUUCUCUAUGCUCAAGAGAUAUCAGCAUCAUCAAAUGCAAAGAUUGUGUGUCCUCAUCUAGACUAUUUCAGAGAUGAGAAAAAUACUUUACCCAUUCACUGGUAUAAGGAAUGUAAUCUGAUUGACAAUGAAAGAUUUCUAAAUCGGGAUGAUGAUCUCAUAAUAAAUAGUGCAAAUGUAAAUGAUUCAGGAAAUUACUCAUGCAAGAUGACAUAUAAUUAUAUGGAAAAAAAAUAUAACAUUUCACGAAACAUUUAUGUAACUGUUAUAGAGACCCCACUGAAGAAGAAAACUGAAAUUCUUUAUCCAAGAAACAAUACAAUUGAAGUGGAACUUGGGUCCAAUGUUGUUGUGGACUGCAACGUAUCAAGUUUUAAAGAUAAUUCAAUUGGAAUAUCCUGGAGAGUCAAUAAUACUUUAGUCAAUUUUUUGUUUAUGGGGAGAGUCCAAGAGGGAAAUCAAGAAGAUUCUUUCCCAGAUGGGUACUUAUUCUCUACAGUGACGCUCAACAUCACAGAAGUGAAGCAGGAGGAUUAUGGACGUCAGUUUGUGUGUCAUGCUGGUGAAGUUGCAGCCUACAUUGCAUUAAGACAGCCAGUUCGAAAUUUUCAAGGAUACUUGAUUGGAGGACUCCUUGCACCAGUGUUUGUAAUAGUUGUUGCCAUAUUAAUCUACAAGUAUUUCAAGAUUGACAUUGUGCUUUGGUAUCGAAAAUCCUGUCGUCCUUUUCUGAGUAAAGAAGUUUCAGAUGGGAAGAUCUAUGAUGCAUAUGUGUUGUAUCCAAAAAUCAACAAAGUAGAUUGCAUCUACACACCAGAUAACUUUGUGCUAAAGCUGCUUCCUGAGGUUUUAGAGAGACAGUGUGGAUAUAAUCUGUUUAUACUUGGAAGAGAUGAUUUACCAGGACAAGCUGUGAUCAAUGUUGUUGAUGAAACCAUUAAGCAAAGCAGAAGGCUUAUAAUUGUAUUAGUACCAGAAUCAUCAAGUUGCAGUUUAUUAGAGGAUAUCUUCGAACAGCAACUGGCUGUGUACAGUGCUCUUGUCCAGGAUGGAAUUAAAGUUAUUCUGAUUGAGCUAGAGAAAAUAAAGGACUAUACGAACAUGCCAGAAUCAAUCAAAUACAUUAAGCAAAAGCAUGGGGCCAUCAGAUGGAAAGGAGACUUCACAGAGAAAUCUUAUUUAGCAAAUACAAAAUUUUGGAAAAAUGUCAGAUACCGAAUGCCACCCAGACGUCCAACUUCUUCAGAACUACACUUGCUGCCAACAGCCUUGAACACCUUUCAAACCACAGAAAGAUGA